UAAUCGAGCAUCGAUAGAAUGGCAGCCAGCAAACGACCUUAAGUUUAGCUAGUAAACGUGAACUUUGCAACUAUUAACCAUAUAUCAUUGUGCCCGUGGUGGCCUUGGCAAGCCGCUGGAUGACAGACAAUUAAAGGAUUUAAAAUGUUUAGAUUUGCAGCUGGAAGACGCAUAAUUCCCGGGGUUUCAGCAUGGAGAUGCCCUCAACAGAUAACAGCAGCAAACAGCUCAACAAAAGCUCAGCUGCUGUUUCACUCUCAGGCCUCCUCAGUGUUAAAACCAUCCAGAGCAGCUUCCACCAACAGGUUGCUUAGCAUCAGGCCCGUGAGCUGGCAUGCAUCCCGUCUCUGCCACGGGGAUUCAGGAGGCACCUCAGACAGAGGAAACACCAAGGAGGGCUUCAGUUUAAGGGCCCUCACACAGGCUCCCAAACCAGCUCUGUACCUUGGUUUCUCUGGGCUCAUCCCCUUCUUGUCUGCCCCUCUCUUGAUGGCUGCCACACAGUCCUUCUACCCUGAAGUGGCAUAUGCACAAGUCGUCUACGGAGCCUCUAUAGUCUCCUUCCUUGGAGGUGCCCACUGGGGGUUUGCCAUCCCUGCUGGUAGUCCAGCUCAGCCAGACUGGAUGAACUUGGGCAACAGCGUGGUGCCUUCGCUUGUGGCCUGGUUGGCGCUGCUUUGCAGGGACAAUAUUGCAGAGGGAGCCCUGGUAGUUAUCAUGGGACUGGGUCUAUCACUGCAUUAUGACCUGACCCUUCUGCCUGGAUACCCUGCCUGGUUCAAAGCCAUGAGAACUGUCCUCACUCUGGUUGCCACCUUCUCAUUGGUGGCUACACUAACAAUUAAGAAAUUCUGUCCUGAGAAGAAGAUCAAAGAGAUUCAGAACUGAUUUAAGAGGACAGUCUGUACUUUGAUGGACUUAAUUAAUUAAAGGAAGCAAAACCCUUAAUUAAAAAUGUAAAAUUAAGUGAAGAUGUGAAGACAGCCUGGUUUGUUCACAGCAAUAAUUUUGUAACAUAUGUAAUAUUUUUGUGGGAGACUAUCCACCUAUAAAUAUCAUCUAGAAAAUAAAUAAGAGCAGUUUUAAAAGUUUCAAAAUAGGGACAGAAAUGUGACUUGUGAGGAUCUACAUUAGCAGACAUUGGCAGAAGUUGAAUUAAACAUUCAUUAUUUAACAGAAAACAUUUGUAGAUUUAUAUUCUUUGCUGUGAAAAGUACAAACAAAAUGUAUCUUACCUGAAAAAGAUUAUUAAAAUACAUCAGUUUUACAUGUGCAAAUUUGAGACAGUGGAUUAAUAACUGGUAAUAUUUGCAUAUUUUUCCAUUGUUGUCCAACUGCAGACGGAUACAUGUCAAACCACAGUC